CCCUCUUUUCGGAGAGAGUCGUCCCGAUUGGGCCCGUAGGUCGCUGUCAGGGUUUGGUUCCGGUUAGCGGGCGGCUGUGGUUCCGGUGGCUGAAGGUGAUAGCAAUGGCUGGCCGCAGGGCUGCUCUGAAAGCAAUAGAUUGGGCAGCAUUUGCUGAACGAGUGUCAGCUGAUCAGAAACCUAUGUUUAAUGCUUUGAAAUCACGUAGUGAUGGUAUUGCAGCCAAGCUCGCAUCUUUGCCAGAGACAGCACCAGGCAUUGACUGGGCUUUCUACAAGACUGCAGUUGUGAACCCUAGCCUAGUGGAUGAAUUUGAAAAGAAGUUUAAGACACUGCAGAUUCCUCAGCCUGCGGAUACUGAAACAGCUAAAAUAAAUGCCCAAGAAAAAGAGACUGCCAAGAAUGCUGCUGACUUCAUACAGGCUUCUAAAGCUCGUAUUGUUAAAUAUGAGGAGGAGCUUCAGGAAUUGAGAAACAUGAUACCUUUUGAAAAUAUGACAUAUGAAGAUCUACCUGAAAAAUUUCGGGACCCUACACUGAACCCAGAAAAAUAUCCUUAUUGGCCAUACAAACUUACUUCUGACUUAUAAACAUUGGCUGUUCAAAAGCAUUGUGGAACAUCAGUUCUUCUUCAGAAAUCUAUUAAAUAAAGUAAUUGCACAUGA